AUGGAAGUGGAAUAUGAGUCCCGGAAACGGGAGGUAUCGGAAAUUGAAGAUGACGAUGGUCUCCCUGAAGAUUUACAGGUUAAAAAGGCAAAGAAGCCCCUUGACCGAGAAAUAGAAAAGGGGACCCCCUUGACUCAGAAAGAGGUUGUAUAUUUCCAGAAAGAAGCCAUUUGGAGACAAAUGCAGUUUUAUAAACGUAAAUAUCGUCUUGUGGUAGGUGAUUUGGAUAAAUACGAACGCAAAUAUGAACGAGUCAUGUCUCAAAUAGUUGUGUUGAGUACAUGGUAUGAACAAUUGAUGACAUUAUUUCGAGGACAGAACGAAGAAAGUUCUCCUUCUCCUCUGUUUGUUGAAGAAAUAUUAAUUACCAAUGAGGAUUUAGAUACCAAAUUAAAGGAUAAAAGAGACCAGCUUCUACAAGUUAUUGGUCCUGUAUUACAAAGACAGCAGAAUUUCACUGAUGGAGAUAUUAUUGAAAAGCUUUCCAGAUUGAACAAUGAGUUAUCUAGUGUUAAGACUCAAUUUGCAUCUUUGAAGGCGAAGAAGAAUUCUUUAAGUGAAAAAGUGGAGCUGUUGAAUAGUGAAAUGGAUAGAAUUCUUAAGUCUCAGGAUCGACACUCUUCUAUCACAUUAACAAAAGUAGAUGAAUCAAUGGACAAUCCCUCAAUACUGUCAUUGAAAUCUGAAGCUCCCAAUGGGGUCCAAAAGAACAGCAUCGAUAACAACGACAGUGACAAGAAUAAUUUUUCAAAUGGUAAUGGAAGUGUAAAGAUUGAGAAUUCUAAUGAUAAUGAAUUGAGUCAUGCUGUUGAUAAGGAGAAGUAUGAAUCACUUUUAAUCGAGUUAAAGGAAUUACAAGCUGCUAAUGAAAAAUUAGAAGAACAAUUCAAAGCAGUAACCACACAAUCAAAUAACCAAUCCAAAGAGUUACAUCUUCUUCAAGAGAAGUUAGCUCAUUUAACACCUUCAGAUUUGGAGAAAUAUAGCAAUUAUCAAAUCUUGAAGAGUACCAACGAACACCUUGUACAUAAAAUUGAAGAAUUGAAUCGGAUGAAUGACCUUUCUCUGCAUAAGUUAAGUGAAAUGGAGUUGAAUUUACAAGAAGUGAAGAAUUUUUUAGAUAAGGAACUUCUAAAUGAAAAUGAUACCUUGAAGAAACUGGUUCAGAAAGGAGAAUUAGACUUAGUUCGGAUUAGAACUGCUCGAGAUGAGUUAUUGGGCAAGUAUACUGUUUUGGAACAACAAAUCAAUGCUCAAAAGGGAUACAAUGAAUUAGUCAAGUUGAAUGAGAAUUUACUAUUACGAAUCAAAGCUUUGGAAACAGAAACAGUUACUAAUGACAUUGAAAACGAUGAAAAACUUUUAAAUGAAACCAAUGAAUCUUUAGUUAAAAGAAUCAAGAUUUUACAGAAUGAAUUGAAGGAAAUUGAAAGUAUUUUCCAUAGUGUUCUGGAAACUGCCAAUGCCAAAUUAAAGAAUGCUAGUGAACUGGAGAAUUUGAUUAAAAAACUUACCAUAGAAAAGAAUAAAGCUGACCAGAAAUAUUUUGCCAGUAUGAGAUUAAAAGAUCUGCUACUGCUGGAGAAUAAGAUUCUUAAGGUUCAAAUUGGUAAGACUCAAGAAUUACUGACCAAAUUUAAUGAAUUGGAAAAGGCAUAUGUUGCCAAAAUUGAUAUUUUGACUCGAUCCGUUAAUGAUUACAAGCUAAUUAAAGAGAAUAGUAUUCAGGAAAUGUCCAAAUUACAAGAACAAGUUAAAGUGCUUACCAUGAAGAAACAUCUGUUAACCAAAGAAUUGAAAAGGUUACUGUCUAAAUGUGAAAUGCUAAAUGAUGAAUUGACUAUUUCAACCAAUAAGCUCAAUGAACGCGAUUUGAGGCUCUCCAAGCUCGACUCCAAACUUAAACAAACUGAUAGCUUGCUAAAAAAAUAUAAAGCCAAUAACACCAAUUCAUUACUUCAAGAAGAUGAAAAACAAUUGGAAGCUUUAAGAGCUAUAGCCAAAUGUUCUGUUUGUGCAAAGAAUUGGAAAGAUACAGCCAUAACUGUUUGUGGCCAUGUCUUUUGUAAUCUGUGCACUCAAGAACGUUUAGCAGCAAGAUUACGUCGGUGUCCUUCAUGCAACAAGUCAUUUAGUGCUAAUGAUUUGUUAUCUAUUCAUUUAUGA